UGAAAAAGAGCCGCGUUACUCUCAGAACAGGGAAUUGAUAUCGUGUGCAAACGCAACCGUGGCCAUUUUCAUGUUUGCUCCAGUUUCGUAAUCAUUAUCAACUCCAUAUUUGAAUUCAACAAGUAACGCAGUGGCAUGUUUUCGCGUGUUCUCGAAUUUUUCUGCGGCCGUUCACGUGGAAUCACGAUCUCGCCGAGGAACCGUUACAUUCUGUUUUCUUCGAAAUCUCGUGCUCGUCGCAUCGAAAUCGUUUCAUGAAAAACGAAUAGCCCACGAUAAAUCUGUUCACCCCGUUCCACGUAUCCGUGUGCAGUCGCUGUCCGAACUCCGAACGGGUUUGCUAACCGGUCUCCGAUUCAAAACCAAGAACGCGAACGUUCCGAAAAAGAUGUUUCGAACACGUUCAUGUUGCAGCGCGUUAACAACAAGGCCAUGGAAACAUGCUGGGAAAACAGACUGCGCCGUGUAGACGCCAUUUUUCCCCGAAGACUGUUUAAAAUGACAAAAAAAAUACUAGACACAAUAUGCCACCAGAUAGACCAGACGCAUCGGGAGUAGAAACUGGAGUAGGACUGAAUAGCACCCAGGUAUUCAGUUUCGGAGAAACAGUAUACACCAUGAAGGAAGAAGAGAAUGCAAGUGCUUUUAUAGAGACAAAUUCAUCUGAUGAACUUCACGAAGACAUUUCGAUGACCGAAAAGUCUAUAGAAAAGAACAGUCAGUUAGACGAUGAUUUAACUUCCUUAAGUUGGCUCCAUCAGCAGAAUUUAUUGAAGGGGCUGGAUAUUGCGAAUCCUCCCAAAGACAUAAAAAAUGAGAAUGUAUUGAAUAAUAAUGUAUGCGAUGAUCCUGCGGACUUUUCUGAAAACACAAACUCCAUUUCAAGCCUAGACGACGGUUAUUGUCCAGAUAAUAACGGCAAGAUAAACAAUUCAACGUCGCACAGUCAUAGUCAGAAUUUUCAGCAUGCAAAUAAGAAUGGUCAAAAGUCGAUGCAAAUAUUUCAGGAAUCGGUAAAAAAUCAUUACAAUUCCUCGCAAAAUAAUCAAACGAAGAUUUCCUUGAGCAACAACAAUCUGCCGGUUUCAAAUCGGAACAAGCAUCCUACACAUAUACCAUACGAUCCCCAUUUGCACAGAAACAGCAAACCCCCAUACUCAUUUUCCUGUUUAAUUUUCAUGGCUAUUGAAGAUAGCCCUGUAAAAGCCCUACCAGUCAAGGAAGUGUAUGCUUGGAUAUUGGAUCAUUUUCCAUAUUUUAGGAACGCUCCCACUGGAUGGAAAAAUUCUGUAAGACAUAAUCUAAGCUUGAAUAAAUGUUUUCGUAAAGUGGAGAAAGCGCCGAAUUUGGGCAAAGGUUCGUUAUGGAUGGUAGACGCUCAGUAUCGACCAAAUUUAAUACAGGCAUUGUCUCGUGCUCCCUUCCCGCCUCCUACUGCUCAAACUUUGUCUUCCCCAGAAAAACCGCCGAGAAAGAACACAAGCACACGGCUUCCAGAUCCUAUUCUCUUCCCGUACCUCUCCAAAAGACUGGCAUCAAGCAACAUUUCCGAUAAUACAGAAACAGAAGUAGACAGCGACGUAGACGCAGCUGCCGCUGCUAUGCUUUCUUUCAAACAUGGACCUAUUAUUUUAAAUCAUAACAAAGAUCGUAAGCGAAAAUUACCAGAAUCGGAGAAAUGGAUUCCAGUAAUCACUAGGAGUUCUAGUGAAGAUCAUACAUACAGUUGCAUCACUACGGUGAAACGAGAAAGCAGAUACCCAAGCGAAGAAACGAAUUCGGAUUUCGAUGAGCAACGGAAGAUAGCAGAGGGUGCAGAUGCGCUUUUAAAUUUAGCAGGCGUGACAACGGCGCUGAAUCACCCUAGAACGCCUCACGUACAAGGUAUUAGCCCAGCACCAAAGUCGGAGGGUACGUCGAAACCGAAGAAACGUUCGGCUCCAAACGAUUACUCGAACUCGCCGGAAAAAAGGCGUAAACAUUGGCCAAAGUGGAGCGAAGGAAAGCGGUAUUUAAAACAAAUUAUAUAAAAUUUAUCGUUGGCGUGUAGAAUUCACGUAUAGCGCAUUACAUGCACUCGUUAUUUUUCAUCCUCGGAUAAGAAAUCGGAAAAGAAAUUCUUCCGCGAUUCUACUUUUCGAAUAAUGAUAAUUAAAAUGGAAACAGACUUAACAUCUUCUAACAUAUAUACAUAGUUCUAUAUAUAUGUAUAUACAUAUAUAUAUAUGAUUGCAAAACUCUGUCGUCUUUCGAACGCAACCAAUGUUAGCAAUGAUUUGCAUCGAAGUAUAUUGCCAUUUUUAGGCGUGUAAGAAGAAAAAGUGCGAGAAGAGUGCGAGGACGCGUUCGGUUGCGUCGGAAGGAAAGCUCUGUCAGGUGCAUUUCUAUUUAACGCGAGGGAAACAAGAAAUGACAAAAAAUUGGCGGUCGCUCAGGGUUUAGAACUCGCUAUAUGCCAAAAUAAAUUCAGUAGUACUAAGCAACAAGCAAUAAUAGUGUUGAGGUAGUGUUGAGGAGGGAGCUCGUUUCUUUCACAGCAUGUUAACUAAAAAACAUGAACACAACUAAGAGGUUCACGGAGUGUCAAUGAAGGAAACACUAUCGCAUACUAAACUAAAUAACGAUGAAACUUUUUAGACCUGUUGUGACGAUUAUACAUAUUAAUUCAUAGAGAGUUUAAUUAAUGAUAAUAGAGUUCUAUAUAUUAGGUUUUUGUAGAUAUGUAUAGAGAUAUAAUUGAUAUCUAUUCGAUAGAGAAAUUGAUAAUAUAUUUAAAAAAAGAUUAUAUAUAUAUGUAAAUUUAUAUAUAUAUACAUACAUACACACACGCGCGUGCGCGCGCGUACGCUUACACAACACCCAGGCACAUGUCGUGUGCUCCUUCAUUCACACAUACACCGAAAUGCAUCUGGUCAUGUACGCAGCUAUAUGUUUGCAAAAAUGCGUACCGCGAAAAUUAUCAAUAACAAAAAUUAAAGAAAAAGAGAGAGAAAGAGAGAGACACAUACACACAAACACACACACAUACACAGAAAAAGAGGGAGAGAGAGAGAGAGAGAGAAAGAGAAAGAUAGAAAAGAAUCACAGUCGAGGUGCACUAAAGACAAACAUGGAUUUGAAAUGACGAAAAUAUUAUCAUUUCAUGCCUUUUUCUACUCUCUUCGUGGCUUUUGAGAUGAUUUUAAACAAUGCUGUAUAUAUAUGUAGAUCCUACGAUGUAUGCGCGGACCAGUUUCAAAAUUUUGUUAAAGAAUCAAUAUAUCAUGUCGAAUCGAUACUAUAUUGAUCGGAGCAUAAGAGCGUAGGAAACAGAAGAGGUAAAACUAUUUUUAUAAAAAAAAAAAAUAACAAAAAACAGAUAUAUCCGUAAUAUUAAGAGCAUCGUGAAAUACCUGAUAAGUAAUUGAGACGCGUAUACAAAGGGUGGAUAUCGAUGGGAGAGAACUGGUCUGGCAUACAUUAAACAUCUAGUUCUAUAUAGAGAGAACGUAUAUAUUUUUACAGGGCACUGCCCGCGUGAUAAAAGCUCUUCCUAAUAAUUCGCUAAAACACAGUUUAUUAGCUUAAACCAUUUACUAAUUGUAAUCAUAGCGUAACUUGCGUGACACUACAAGCACAGCAUGGUAGCGCAGCCUGAACAAUUUCAUGUGUUUUAUGAUUACACAAUGUCAUACGGUUCGGCAAUUUUCAUAGGAAAAAAAAUACAAAAAAAACGAGAUACAAAACAAUGUAUAAUCUUCUCGAAUUUGGUUACCAAUUUAAAAUGAUUUUAAAAUUUUAAAUCGGAGACGUUUCUAGUCUUACGACAUCAUACGUGAACGUAAAAGAGAAAGAAAUUGUGAACGAGGUAUCACUGGUUAGGUCGAUAAUGAUAAUUAAGCGUCACAAUUGAGAAUAAUAAUGAAUUGUUACCUGUGAGAUACAUGUUAAAACUGCUGGCUCAGAUAUAUUCGAGACAUGAGAAACACGUCGUGUAGGUGUAGCUUUCGAAGAAGGUGCAAUUUAGUUUAACUUAUUAAUUAUCGCAUUGUUUAUCGUCCUAUAUUUAAUACACUUCUAGUUACUUGCUCGAAGUCUUCAAUUUUUGCCUCCGUAGUAAAUUGAUUUAGUUAAGAAUUGCGCGUUGGUCGUUUGUCGAGAAGCGGACUUUGUACAAUUUUGAGUCAAGGGGAUGUUGUUUGUACAGGAUCACAACAUCGCUCGUAUAUUGUUUACCUAAACAUUCUACAAUUUAGAGAAAUGAUAAAUUAAAAGGACAAAUAUGGACAGGGCGCGCUGCCAAAACUUUUUAUGUGAUUGUAGCUAGUCAGCUACGAAGGAAAAAGUAAUUCAAGAUAAGGGUGCAAGGAAGAAUGCCAUGUUGUAUAUAUAUAUUAUAUAUAUAAUCAUAUAUAUAUAUAUGAUACGGUAAAGCAAUUUUUGAGACAAAUGUACAUUUUUAUGUAAUGUAAAAAUUUAUCCUAUUUAAUGUAUACAUUGUAUAUUUGUAUUCUUUAGAUGCUCGUGCUCUCACGAAUUGAGCGAUUUUUCUUUUCAAAAUUUGUAUACACACACACGCAAGCAAGACCAGUUUUUGUAGACUUUACGUUUUCAAUUGUCUGUGAUAUUAUUGCAAAACUAAACAUGCCUUGUUGUUGUUGUUAUACUUUUGGUGAAACAGAUGUUUUUAGAGGUUUAUAAGUUUUGUUUAGAAAAGGAAAAGGUGUUGACCGGCACUUUCUGAUAUUAUUGAAUUGGCAUUCUUGCUGACACCUUGACAUUCUAAUCUAGAUAAGGAAACUGGCAUCUUCAAAUUAGUAAUAUAUUAUAUAUUAUAAAUAAAUAAAUAUAUAUAAAUAUAAAUAUAUAUAUGUAUGUAUACACAAAUACAUAUAUACAUAUAUAUAUGUAUAUAUAUUGAAAGUAAUAUCACAGUUUUCACUAUUUGUUGAAAUUUUUAGUCUAGCUUUCGUUUGCUACGACUGAAGAUCUGUUCUUCCAUGUAGUUUAUUCUAAUGUAAUCAAUUAGGGGGUGGGAUGCCAUUUAUAAUAAUAGUAAUUUAGCUAAUCGAUCAUUUACAAAUUAGAUGUAAUCGAUUAGCAGUGCAACGUAAAAGCAAUACACCAGUAAAUCCUGACAUUGGGCAAAAUACUCUGGUCGGCCGGAUCCUCGAGGGGAAAGAUAUUUAUUUAUAAAACAGUCGAAUGUCACGCGUUUGCACAUAGCGAUAUAAGUACAAGAAACAAAUUGUAAGACAGUAAUUGUACAAAAUAGCUCACUCGUCGAGUAUUUUUUACGAAGUAUUACUGUAGCGUACUAUACACAAUAGGGAAUACCAUUUCUUUUACGCGACCUUUUAAUGCAUGCGAAUCGUUACUUAAUAUAAUGUUCACAUCCUCGUGAAGAACGGCCGACUAAAUGCAUAGAUGAAACUAUCGACGAAUGAAACACCAAAAACAAAAAAGGAAAGAAGAAGAAAACGCAAGUGUAUGAAGCAAACCAUACUUUAUUGUAUUUCACAACUAGCCACGGACAAUCAAAAUGUAACAUGGUGUUUAAUUUGCUUCGAUUACAUGACAUCGUGCCAAACGCAGAAAUCAUUUAUUUGAGGAACAGAUGUUAAUUUAUAUGUAUAUCUACGAGUUGUACAUUAUAUAAAUUUUGUUGGCGAUAUGCGUAAUAUUAUUAUUAAUAUUAUUAUUAUUAUUGAUAAUUAUAUUAUUAUUAUUAUUAUUAAUAUAAUUAUUACUCAUUUUAAACGAAACACUGUAAAAUGUUUGUUAAGUUUUUGACCUUGCUUAUAUAAAUGAGUAAAAUAUUUAAUACUUUAGAUUGUAACCAAGACAGAACUUUAUUAAUGAAAAGAAUCUGAAAAAUCAAA